AUGAAGAGUACAGUGAUUGGAUUGUUGUUUGUUGGUGUGCUGAUGAAUCCGAUGUUAGCAGAAGCUAGGCUUUGUGGGUGCCAGAAGAUCUACGACCCAGUUUGUGGGAUGGAUGGUAAUUCUUACGACAAUGAGUGCACAAUGAAAUGCGAAGGUGUCUCCUUGGAUUAUCACGGAGAAUGUAAGCUCUGUGGGUGCCAUCUGAUUUAUGACCCUGUUUGUGGAACAGAUGGAAUUACCUACGAUAACGAAUGUGCCAUGAAAUGCGAAGGUGUUGAUUUGGAUUACAGCGGUCUUUGUAACGAGGUUUGUGCAUGCCCAAUGAUUUUGGACCCUGUCUGCGGAAUGGAUAUGAAUACUUAUCCUAACGAGUGCGAAAUGAACUGCAAAGGAGUGUCCUUUGCCUAUCACGGCGAAUGUAAAAAGUUAUGUGGAUGUCAAAUGAUUUAUGAUCCCGUUUGCGGAAAAGAUGGAAAUACCUAUGAUAACGAGUGUUCAAUGAAGUGCGAAGGAGUAUCAUUGAAUUUUUACGGCACUUGUGACAAGCUUUGUGCUUGCCCGCUGAAUUGGGAUCCUGUUUGUGGAAUGGAUGCGGAGACCUACCCUAACGAGUGUACCAUGAACUGCGCAGGAGGCUCUUUGGACUAUUAUGGAGAAUGUAAAAAGUUAUGUGGGUGCCAGAAGAUUUAUGCCCCAGUUUGCGGAACAGAUGGAAAUACAUACGAUAACGAGUGCACAAUGAAUUGCGAAGGAGUUUCCUUGGACUAUCGUGGAAAAUGCAACAAGGUUUGUGCUUGCCCGCUGAAUUGGGAUCCUGUUUGUGGAAUGGAUGGGAAGACAUACCCUAACCAGUGCGCUAUGAACUGCGAGUAA